UCCAACCAAUAAUUUUUCAAACUACACUGGUGUGCGCCAAAUUCAAAGGACAGGAUGGAAAAGACGGGUAAAUCGUCGGAAUUUACAGCGGCAUACAAAUUAAAAUCUGGAUCAGUUCUUCAGAAAAGAGAUGCCCGUCUUAGCCGACGUUCCAUCGAAUGGAAGAAUCUGAGGGGAGAAGAAGUCAGUAAAAGACGAAACCUAAAAAACUUGUCCCCACUACAAGAGGCAAAAGAGAACAAUUCCCAACGUUCUACAUACAAAGACAAAACUCCAACCAAACCCAGUAAAGUUGACAAGGUUACCAAGCAAAAUGAAAUGAAAGAAAAACUGAAGAAAUGGAGAGAGGAAAAAGCAUUGAAGAAGAAAAUGGAAGCACAUGAAAAAGCAAAGAAAAGACCAUUCAUCAUAAAGCACAUGGAGUACACUGAUAAUUUAGAAGUUUCUAAAGUUAAGAAGGGUGUUGCAGAAUGUAGCAAGACUAAAUCAAGUACAAUGCCUCUCCAACCUAAAUCAUUUAAUAAAGAAACUAAGAUGAACAAAUUUGAAGUUGUUCAAAAGAAACAUGGUAAUUCAUCAGUAACAAAACCAGAUUCAUCAAUAAAGAAGGGAUCAAAUAAACCAGUGACUGAAAGAGUAACAAGGACAACCAAUCAGAGAGCAGCUAAAAUAUCACAGCCUGCACAGAGCAGUGUUAAGAAAAGUAAAGAUAAGAAAGCCUCUGUCAAGAAGAGUGCUCAAGGAGGAGUCAACAAAGCAACAGUUGACCUGGCAAAGGUGUCUACAGCUAGAGGAAUGUCAUUUGCUCCGGAGGAGUUUACUUUCACGGCUCCCAACAACUUGGCUUCUUUUGUCUUCAAGCCUCUCAGCCCCACAAGUUCAGAAAACUUUCUGUAUUCCAAUAAUCCUGAUGAGACAGCUGUAUUUUCUGCUACGGAUCCAGGAAGAUGUUCAACACCAAAGAAAACACGAGCAGCAAGUGUGGCACUUUCUGAUGAAGAGAAGACAGAAAACAAAAGCAGACUGGGAGAGAAACAUCAACAAAGCUUGAAGGAUGAUCCUGUUGUAGAUACCUCCUCUGAUUCAUCCAGAAACAGAAGACAAACACGUUCUCAAACAAAAUCUUUUUCACAGAGUAAUGAAUCUUCGAUAUCCAUGAAAAAGUCAUCUGCAGUUGAGACAAAACAUAAUGCAAGAAAGUCAAUUGCCCAAGAGGUUGAAACUCCAUCUAAGUCCAGAAAAUCUGUCGGAAAAACUCCUUCUCGCUCAAGAAAGUCUGUAAGUAAUGCACUGAGUGCUGGUCCUAAGUCAGAAUCAAGGAAGAGGUCUUCAAGCAGAGAGCUUACCUCACGGUCUCGGUCUAGAAAAAGAUCCCAUAGUCAAGACGAAACAAGUACAACAAAAAGGAGAAAGUCACGAAGGUCUGUCAGUGUUAAACCUAGUGGAAAUGUAAAGGUGGAUGUGAUUAAUUCACCAGAGCAGCAGCAGAAAGAAACAGGUGAUAAAACAGAUCAGGUUAUGGAAGACAUAGAAAUUGCCAAAGACAAUCUGGUGGAAUUGGCAGAAGCUGGUGAUCAACAGGAUAAUGAUGAAGUGGGUUCCACAAGGUCUGUUAAACUCACGAAUCAUAGUCUGACAGUUGAGGUGACAGAGGAUAUCAACAAUAGUUUGAGUGAGUCCAAGCCAUCCUCAGUGCCAAAAAGAAAAUCAAGACGAUCUAUUAAAACACCAAAUGUACUCUCUGAAGAUGUCAAAGAGAUUCCAAGUAAGGAUAUUGAUAAGGAAAUGGUUGAGAAAAAACUAUCAGUGGAAGCAAUGAGAAAAUCUAAAGUUUCAUCAAACCUAGAACAUGGAAUUUCGGAUAAUACAAAAGAACUGGCCUCUGAAUUGGAAGAGAGCAAUGAGGUGUUUGCUGAUGAAAAUUCAUCUCCAGCACCAAAGAAAAAGUCCAGACGAUCCAUCAGAAUGAGACCAGAUUUUGCUGAAAUCCCAGAAGACUUGGCAGCUGUGGAUAAAGAAAACUCUAAACCAAAGCAGGUCACUCGCCGCUCUGUGGCUGUGGUGGAUGGCUUCAAGCUCCCGUCAGAGUCAAUGUCUGCAAAACGUACCAAGCCAAAGCAGAGAAGGCAUACCCUCCAUGUGCAUAGGAGUCCUGAGGAAUGGGUGGAGAUUCUGAAGAGCAGUCCAAUGGUAGAAAUGACUAGAAAGACUCCUAAACAAAAGUCUCCAGUGUCAAGAAUUCCAUCAUUAGACUUGGAGCUUGACCUUGAUGACCUUGACUUGCCACCAAAAGAGGAAGUCAAAAGUGACCUAGAUAUUUCUAAGGUAAUCAUGGCAAACCUGAAUUCCUCUUUAUUGACUGAUGAAGAUGUUGCAGCUGUUGAAGAGACCUUAGAAUCAAGUGCCAAAGAACUGAAUCAUAAUGAGACAUCACUGGAGCAGAAGGGGGUAGUCUCAAUGGACACUGAUGGAAUGGCUGCAGACAAAACUACUCCAGGAAAAUUGUUGGGAGAUCAAGGACAUGAUGUAAAAUAUUUCAGAAACCUUUUGUCAUCGGAAACCAACAGGCUUAAUGACAUGUGUGAGAAAUGGGAAGCAACCAACUCACCAGAUCUCUCAGAAGAGGUACAAGGACAGAUCCGUACAGUGAUAGGGCAAGCCCAACUGUUGAUAGCUCAAAGAUUCAAACAGUUCACAGGCUUAGUUGACAACUGUGAAUUUAAAACCGGUGAGAAGGAGACUACUUGUACUGACCUUCAGGGUUUCUGGGAUAUGAUUUACUUUCAGGUAGAAGAUGUAGACAAGAAAUUUGAAGAUUUACAACAACAGAAGGAAUCAGGAUGGGUGAAGAAAUCCCCAGAACUAGUCACAAAAGUGGUUAAAAAGAAAGUUGUCAACAAACCAGUGAUGAAGAAGCCUGUCAAAUCUAAGUUUGCUGCCUUUAAAGCUAGCCUUAAAGCCUCUACUGCUCCUGCUCAAACCAUUGAACAUGACUGGGGUCUUUUCAAAGUGACUAGUCCUAUCAGGAAACCCACCUACCACUGUGAAGUUGAGUCACCCAAGCCAAAGGUAAUUGAGUCACCCAUGCCCUUACAGCCAAGAUCAGAAGAGAAAACUGAACCAGUGGAGGACAAUACAUCACAGCCAACAGUGGUUCAGGAUAAGCCUCCAGCUAUCAUGGUGGAGGAUGUAGCUGUAAUUAGAACCCCCAAAAGACAGAGUUAUGUCCCUGUUAUACCCAGUCCUCUUCUGCAGGAUUCUACCCCACAGCCUCGCUUCACACGGAGCCUUCUGAAAGCCACUCCCUCUGGAAACCAAACAGAAGAAAAAACAACAGAGACACCAAGACCAAGAAGACAAUCACUUAGGAGAUCCAUCAACAUGAAGAGGAAAUCUGUGUCCUUUGUUGAAGAGCCAGUGAAGCCAGAGUCUCCCGCUGAUGAAAGCUUCUCUAAGUACCUACAGCCCUCCCAACCCAUCCCAGAAGAGACUGAGAGUCCUGUCAGUGUGAUGGACAGCUAUUUCAGUGUGGAGGAAACCGAUACAUCUCGUCUCAGCUCAGGUGGGAAAGCUCUGAAGACAACUUUGAAACAGACGAGGAGAAGGUCUGCCAGAAGAAGUGUGUCAUUUUGUAGUCCACUACCAGAGAAAGACAAAUCUAGUCUCCGACACCCUCCCACUCCUCACAGAUCACUAGUUGAUGACUCAGAGUCAGACUCGGACAGUCAGAGUGACACAGGAUCAAAGUUCUCCAAUCUUAAUGUGGCCUUCACUCCAGUAACAAGAUCUACAAGAUCGAGACCAAGCUUACUCUACACUCCCCCAGAUCUGAACGAGACCCCGUCAAAAGGAACGUCAGCAGAAGUUGCCGUAGGUACACUGAUUUCCUUCUCACCAUGACAGAGUUGGUGAACACAAAGAGCUGAAUGGAUGAUGACAUGUAGAUGGCGGUAGUGCUUGCAGACAUUUUCUGUUUUUUCUCCUCUACUUCAUUAUCCUCACUUUUUAUAGGACUGCGUGAAUGAUCAAGUAUGACUUCUUUUUUUUUUUGUAAUAUGUAUGCAUGAAAGGUUUAUUUUGAUGUAAGAUGAGAGGAUAAUUGUAUUUUUUUGUUUUUAGUUAUUAAACCCUUUUUUAUGUUUAAAUAUGUACAAGAAAACAUUUUUAUUUCAUUGCUUGUAUCUUUAAGUCAUUUGUUUAUGUACUAUAGGAUAUGUACUACAAAAGAAAGUCAAUCACAUGUACAUGUAUGUAGGUCAAAAGAGAAUUUAAAAAAAUUGUAAAAUCCUGAACAUUUAAUACAGGAAAUAUUAUUAGUUUUGUUGCCCCUUUUUUGCUGUACUGAUUAUAGAAGAGAGGUGUGGAAGUAAGGGGGUUUCUUCUCCUUUUUCUGAAAUGUGUAGGAUACAUGUACAUCUUUGUAUAAUUCUGUAUUUUUUUUUUUUAUUGGUUUUGUCAGAUUUGCCUUUAUUACUAAAAAUAUAAUUAUAAUACUACUUAACAAAUUGUUUGUUUCUAAUUUGAAUUAAGACUAAAUCAAAGUUUUAAAAAAAACUGUCAACUAAUUUUUAUUUUUGAUUGUGUUGAAAUAGUAUCCAAAAUUUGGAUUAUCCUUUUUAGCUAAAAUGCCACUCCUCCUUUUUGCCUGAUUGAAAAAAUUGUACAAAAGUAGACUACUUCAAAACUUUUAAUCUCUGUUUUUGAUUUUUAAACUAUAUUGGUAAUUUAUUUUCAAUAUACAUGUACAUGUAAUUGUAGAGUUAAAACACACUUGGGAAAAAAUUAAACACAUGUGAUAUAGAAAAAAGAAGUAUUAGAAUUAGAUAAAUAUGGUUAUUUUCUUGUCCUAUUGUAUUAAAAACUUUGAAAAAUUACAUUAAUUGAGCAAAAAUAGCAUUUUGUUUAAUAUCACUGAAAUUGAAAUGCUUGAAUCAUACACCUGAUUUUUGAAUUUUUUUUUUCUAAAGGGGGAAGGGGGUGUCAUUUGGGAAAAAGUGAAUAUCAUUUGAAUAUAACAUUGAAAAUACAAAGCUGACUUGUUUGAUAUGUAAGAGCCUAGUAUGUUCAUUUAAUUGUAUCCAAUCAACAUAUUUUGUGAUUGAAAUCUGAAUCCUUUGUUAUAUAUAUAUCUGAUUAUGUCAUCUAUAAUGUUUGCUGUUAUAUGUAAGAUCCACUUAUGACAGAUAAUAAAAAUAAUUUUGACAUC